AUCAAAUGGGACAUGUGGGGGUUUCCAGGCGCCCUGAAACGAACAUCAGAGCAGUCUUGUGUCACGAUUGCCCAGUUUAUGGCAUUAAGUGGAAUCAUAGAUUUAUAAUAUGAUAUAUUUUUCAAUAAUUUGUUGGUUUGUAAUCGGCCUGUCACACAAAAUUGGUCCCCAAACUCGUAACUUAACAGUGGAAUGUGCAGGGCCGCCUUGAAACGGGGGCGGGAUUUUAUUUAUAUUUUCAUUUCAGCCUCCAUGUUGCCCGAGCUGCGACCAUUUUGAAAAAGAAAAAAAAUCUCUGUUUUUCUGGUCGGUAUUUGUGAGGAAACACGGCGAAGAUCGGGACAAAACGUCACGGGACAAGUAGCCAGAUGGACAGUACGUCCAUCAUCACUCAAGUUAGCCGGGAUGAGGAGAAUUUGAACCCGUUCCCGACCCCGGAAAAAGUUGGAACGGGCAGAAGAGACCAGUUUCUCAGCCAUCAUGCAGCGGCACCCGUGACAACAGUUGCUAAGAAACGCCACCGCAGCAUCUUCGGAUCUCUCCUGUGCUGUUUCCGCGCCAACAGUAGCCACACCCCUGCCGCUCCGGGACAACCAGAGGAAAAUGGCAGUGCGAAGGUCCCACAGAAGUAUUUGCUGCCGCCGGUGCGUCACCAGGAUAUGCACAAGAAAUGCAUCGUCAUCGAUCUCGAUGAGACCCUGGUGCACAGCUCCUUCAAGCCUGUCACCAAUGCAGAUUUUAUAGUUCCUGUUGAAAUUGAUGGAACAGUACAUCAGGUUUAUGUACUGAAGAGGCCGUAUGUGGAUGAGUUUCUCCAGAAGAUGGGAGAGAUGUUUGAGUGUGUGCUGUUUACAGCCAGUCUGGCAAAGUAUGCAGACCCUGUAGCAGACCUGCUGGACAAGUGGGGUGUGUUCAGGGCAAGGUUGUUCAGGGACUCCUGUGUGUUCCACAGGGGAAACUAUGUAAAGGACCUCAGCCGGUUAGGCAGGGACUUGUGCAAGGUUAUAAUUGUAGAUAACUCUCCUGCUUCGUACAUAUUUCACCCGGACAAUGCGGUGCCGGUGGCAUCCUGGUUUGAUGACAUGUCAGACACUGAGCUCCUGGACCUCAUCCCCUUCCUGGAAGGCUUGGCCAAAGUGGACGACGUCUACUCCGUAUUAAGGCCCCAGAACCACCACGUCUCUUAGAUAGCACCAUAACAGGGGUGGGGAGGGGGGUUUGUAGAUAUAACUUUUCUUAUAACAGAGUUACUGCAUGGUGUACUCUCCAGGAUUGGGUAUGGUGUAUUAUACAGUAUACAGGGUAAUAUCUCAGCGUCCAGGACAAUAUUCUUGACUCUGGAAGCCAAGAUUAUUGGGCAACGGCAUUGUAAUAUUCAAUUAUACGCUGGUUAGAAAACAGGAUGGGUGAAAAUUCAUGUAAUUUCCAUGUGUGAGCAUAAGCAGGUUCACUUUUUAAACUGUGCAUAUGCAGUGUGAUGCAUUGUGGGUUAUGUGUGAUAGUUGAAGGCCCCUGAGAUGUAAACAAAGCACAUCUGGAUCAAGCAUGGUCAAGAGACUCAAGACAAGAACUGAUUACAAGUUAGGGGCCUUCACUUUUGACACAUAAUUCACAGUGCAUCAUGACACACAUGGGCAGUUUAAUCCAUCAACUGGCUUAUUGCGUGUUAUUUACAGUUAACUUUUCACCACUAAAGAUAGCUUGGUUGGGAGAGAGGUGGUGGAGAUGAGAAUGAGAAGGUCUCACCAGAAAGAGUCCGGUAGAUACGUAGAUCCAGAAACAAGAUAUGAGUUUGGAAACAAGUGUUCACGUGUGGCAUUCAAUCCCCGGAAGACCACAAAGUCAGCUUUAUUUUUUCAUUUUGGUUUUUUUCGCACAGCGAACAACAUUAUUAAUCAUUGUAAAUACAUCAUUUUGAAGGCAUGGUCCUUAUGCGGCAGUGGGAAUUGUUACUUGCCAAGAAAAGUACAAGAGGUAAUAAUUGUGUAAGGGAAAUGUGGCAUUGCAGAAAAGUAUAUGUGAGAUGUGUUCUGUUUUUUCCUUCAUCCAAAGGAAGCAUGCAUUACCAUUGAAUCCACAAGACAUUUGUACAAUUUCCCUACACUUUUGCAAACUGAUCUGAACCUAGAUUUUAAACUUUUUAAGACAAUUUUUUUUUACAAAAUAAAGCAUGGAAGGUGUAAAAUAAAGUAAAAUACCACUACAACAUGUUACAAGACUUACUAUUGUAAAGAAAUAUUCUGCCUAUGCAACACUCCCAACAGCUCACUGUGGAAGACAGUAUCCUAACAUGUAUAAACACAGUACUGUGGUACAGUGCUAUAAAAGGGAAAUUGGUAAGUUUUCCAGAGAGUACACCAUGUAUAGGGAGGAGGGGGGAUAUGGUUGUCUCGGAUGAACUUAGAUUACCAGAUAUCUUAAACUCCUUGUGCCUGCUUUGUAGUCCCACUUCAAAAUUCAGGCACAGAGAUUUGCUGUAAUGGUCACCUUACUGUUUGGUAUUGCAAUAAGCCAGUUCACAGUUUGAACUGAGCAUGUACAAGGUCAAAGGUGAAGGCCCCUAACUUGUAAACCAUGUCUUAACCAUGCUAGAUGUGUUUUGUACAUGUCACAGGGGCUGUAAACUUUGACAUACUGAACAAUAUAUGUGUCACAUGGGUGCAUGGCAUUGUGCAGUUUAAACUGUGAACUGGCUUAUUUGAAUACUGGUAAGGCAGUUAAUGUAUCUGGUAGUUUAUGUCUAUCUGUUAGGCACCAUUGGGGUAGGAAACCUUGUAAUUACUAGAAAUGUAAUCACUAUUUUUGCUACAACAAAGGGAAAGACUUUGCUAAUUUUUGACAGACGUGUGGAGAGAACAACAAAGCUUUUGCACCAGGUGUAGGUACAUGUAUGUAGUACACAGAAGAAAUCUUAUGUGCAAGCUGGCCAAAUGACACCCUUUUCAGCAGGAGCAAUAGGUGGACAGAUCCUAUUCAGUUGUACCCUGGAAGCUGCAUCCUGUGGGUUGAAAUGAAUGUACUAUUUGAAAUAUAUAGGUUUUCAUUUUUGGCGACACCUUAGGGGCAGAGGCAUACUUGAGUACACUCGUCACUAUCGUGUACACUAUUGGAGGUUUACACUCCAUUUCACUUCAUGGACAUUUUUCAGUGCCAUCAAUGAUUCGUAAAACAUGUCCUAAAUGAAGUGUGGUAAAGUUCUGUCACAACAUUCUUAUUCCAUUCUUGUUGUGCACUUCUCUGUUGAAUACUUCCUUAACAGAUUUUACACAAAAGUGAAGUAUAUGUAAAAGUAUGGAAAAGAAAGGUUUGUGAAGUAGCACAAUUGGUCGAUCUGUCCACUUUUUGCCCCUAUGGAAUGUGGUAUAAAACCAAGUAGUCAUCACUCAAAAGGAACUCCAGUGAAGUUGACCACAGUUCACCACUGUUGACCAAGUCUUAUGGCAAUACAUGUGUACAGAAAUGUUUUAUACAUGUUCCGUAGUAGAGAAAACUUGCCAAAUGUUGUACAGAACUUUUAAAGACCAGCACUGAUACUUGGGACCCAUGAAACUACCUACCGCAGUUUUCUUAACUUGGACUUGUAUUUCCUUCUUAAAAGGAUUUAAAUGUACAAGUUAUGAUAAGCAUCAGAUUCACUGACACCAGGCAGUGAUUGGCUGCAUGCCCACAUGGCAUAGCCAAUCAGAAUCACUCUGACAAAAAAAGAUGUAGCCUGAUUGGUCAAAGAUGACCUUGUUGUUAGGAGCUGACCAAUCAGAAACAAGUAGUACAUUUCUCUGGUCCUAAGAGAAAAAAUGGUUGACAGUGGUUGACAGGUAACUUUUUCUGCACGAUCACACAACAAAGAAGUAGAUGUAAUUAAAUUAGAAAGUUUCCAAAGAAACACAAGCAAGUCGAGCAAGAAUUGAAGCAUUUAUGUAGGCUGUAUUUUAUGUCUCAACUUUCCCUGCUUUCGUGUUAAAGAUCUUGUAUGAAUAUAUAAUCAAAUCUGUAAUAGUGGUAGUGUGAAAAUGGUGGUGGAUCAAAUUUGUACCCAACAGCUAAAACAGACUUGUUGAAAUAAGAAAUUUUCUACUAGGUUUUAAACAAGUUCUAUAACUUCAGAAAGUACAGAAUUUAGAAGAAAGAAAUGUCUCGAAAAAUUGUGUAUAGCAACAGCUUCAAAAAGUAUGUUGUGCCUAACAGCACAGUUUUCGUCCUGUAACUUUUUAGAAUGAAACUCUGAAAUGCCAAUUAAGUCAAAUUAAGGAUAUGUAUUUUGAGUGUAACGCCAUUAUAUAUAUAUAUUCAUUUCAUCAACUUCUAUAGAGCUAUGGAAAGUUACCACCUUGAAAAAGUGAAGUUUUGUUCCUAUAUUGUCACAUAUUGCUAAUUGUGGAAUUAGGAAAUGAGGUUUGGCAGUAUGGGGAGUCGUGGGUAUUGUGUGUAUGCAACACAUGCUGCUUUAUGUAAAUUUCACUUCAACAUUACGUUGACGAAAAAAAAAACGUCAAAUUGACAACUGGGUUAAAGUUAAGAUGGUGCAGAUAUUUUGAUGUCUUCCGAACUGUAUAUCACUUAUACUUUCAUUAGCAAGCGAUAGUGAAAGAAUCUUUUUGCUCUGUUGAAGAAACAGUAUAUAGGAGGUGGAAGGUGUAUUUAUUCACACUAUGAACAAAUUUAAAUGAACUGGAUGUAGGCGUGGAAAAUUUUAUUUCAUGUUCAUGUGCAGAAGUCAGAAAGAAGAAUUCCAAAUUCAUACCCUUUGAAAACACCUUUGAUGAUAGUUGAGAUUUGUGCACCACUUUGUGCAAGAGGUAGAAAGGUCAACCAUGUUGGAUAUGAUUUUUGGCAACACUCCCAGGCAGCAAGCCAAACAUUCGAGUCUUGGCAAAACAUGUAAAAUGGCUGCCCUUAUGUCAUGAUAAAUCCAAAAUGGCUGCCUCCAAGUGAUUAAUAACUGCCAUUAUUUAAUGGUUAAUGUGAUAUUUGCACUCUUAUGAACAGAAAGGAGACAUUUGGUAGGGUUGUGUUGAUAUGAAAGUUGUGUAGGGAGAGGAAAUGAGAUGAAGGAAUGGGAAACUUGCAUCGGCAACUUUGUUUUUACAUUUCCUCUAUAUACUGAUUCACUUUUGUAAAUAUUGUACUGUUUGCUUUCAUAUGGACAAGAUAAGACAUUACUGCUGUUUAAAGGAUGAGCAUCGUAGUUAGGCUCAGGAGAUUGUUCUAGAAGUGACAACAGCUUGAAGCUGUAGAGUAUCAUUAUUAAGAAAGCAUAAUAUCUCCUCUAGGUGUUCGCUCAUUCGAGAACCCCCCUUAUGAUACUUUUGAAGUUUUAUUUCACAGCUGUAGAAUAUUGUACAAUGCGGUGGAGGAACAGGAUAUGUGGGAAAGUUUUACCUUGUAAUUAUGGUUUUCUGUGGUGUUAUAAAAAGGCAUCCUAGACUAAUUUUGUUAUAGUAUGGCAUGUUGGAGGAACCUUUGAUUAAUAAUGUACACAUCUGUAUAUACCCAUAUUAUAUAGAGCAGUUUUUUUUUCUUUCCUUUGGUAAUUUAGUUGUAGCAGGUUUCUGACAAUCUAUUUUAAUACAAGGCAAUACAGUGAUGGAUUGUAAAAA